AGCUGGACUUCGGUGUUGCCAAAAAGAGCUCCUAUUUAUAGGGCCUGAAAGUAUGUACACUGAGGCCUCCUGGAAAGAGUUCAGAACAACAACAAACACAACCCCACAGGCCCAGCUACGUACAAAGAGGCAGACAGCCCCGUCGGAAAAACAUACGCUGCAGACACCACACACGCACACACGCGCAGCAUCACAACGAGACAGAGGACAGCCGACAGGAGAGAGUGCAUGGAACAUGUCAAGUCCUCACACCGUCUUCUGAGUUUGUGAUUUGAAUACAGACGAGGACACCUGCGAAUUUAACAGGGCUGGUGGAAGAGGAGGACAAGAAUGGACCUUGCCGCCAUUGAGGUCUUCCAUUACCAGGACAAGGAGCUGUCUUCUGCCCUACUCCUCCAACUCAACAGCCUUCGGCGGGACCGAGUCUUCACUGAUGUGUUCCUGUGUUCAGACCAGUCCGAGAUCCCGUGCCACCGCAAUGUCCUGGUGUCCAGCAGCCCUUACUUCAGGGCCAUGUUCUGCAGCAACUUUAUGGAAACCAACCAGACCAGGAUUCGCAUAACAGGGAUCACAUCUUCCAGUUUGAGCAGUAUCAUUGACUAUGUCUACACAGGACUGAUCAGCAUCACCAUGGAGAACGUGCUCCCUCUCAUGCAAGCCGCCUCCAUGCUGCAAUACGGUCGACUCUUCGAGGUAUGCUCGGCUUUCCUCCAAGAGCGGCUGAGCCCGGAGAACUGCCUGAGCAUGAUAAGACUCUCUGAGAUCCUGAGCUGCAACAGCCUGAAGAACAAGGCCAAGGCGAUGGCCAUGGAGAGCUUCUCGGACGUUUCGUCCUCUGAGGACUUGUGCGAGCUCUCCUUGCCCGAGCUGCUGGGGUAUCUGGAAGACGACACCCUAUGCGCGGACGAGGAGCAGGUCUUCGAGACGCUCGUCGCUUGGAUCCACCAUGACCCCCGGGCGAGGCGCGGGGCCAUCAGCGACCUUUUCAAGAAGGUGCGUCUCCGCUUCAUCCACCCGACCUACCUCUUCCAGUUCAUCGCCAACGACCCCCUGAUCCAGUCCUCCACCCUCUGCACCGAGAUCAUCGAGUCCGUUCGGCGCCUCAUGUUCUCCGUCAACUCAAAGUCGCAGAGCGACACUGCGGUCAACCUCAAACCCCUGUGGGUGGCGCCCCGGCGUUACACCUGCAGCGAGACACUGGUGGUGGUGGGCGGGAGGAAGAACAACGAGCAGACCUCCAGGGAGGCCCUGAUCUUCGACGAGAACAGCCAGACUUGGCAGUGGCUCGCCAAGCUGCCCCUGCGCCUGUACAAGGCGUCCUACGUCUGCCUCCACAGUGUCCUCUACGUCCUCGGGGGCCUGCCCACCACGGCCACCAACACCCCGCGCCAGGCCAGCUCCGCCGUCUACACGCUGUCGCUCAAGACCAACCAGUGGCGCACGGCCGAGCCCAUGCUGGCGCCACAUUUUGCCCACCAGAGCAUUUCCUUCCUCCACUUCAUCUUCGUCCUGGGCGGGCUCGGCUCGGACAGGUGUGUGUCUAACAGUGUGGAGAGGUACAACAGUAUGUUCAACCAAUGGGAGACCAUGUCACCGAUGCCAGAGGCGGUGCUCCACCCAGCCGUCGCUGCAGCCGACCAGAGGAUCUACGUGUUUGGAGGAGAGAACGCCAUGCAGAACCCUGUUAGGAUGAUACAGGUCUACCAUAUUUCCAGGAAUCUAUGGUUUAAGAUGGACAACCGAACAGUGAAAAACAUCUCUGCACCCGCUGCUGUCAUUGAUGACAAGAUCUACAUCGUUGGAGGCUACACCAGGAGGGUGAUGGCCUACGACACCAAGACCAACCGCUUCACCAACUGUGCCAACCUGAAGGAGCGGCGGAUGCAUCACGCGGUCACCGUCCUCAACCACAAACUCUACAUCACCGGGGGCCGCUACGUCACCGGGCAUGACCUCAUCGAGGACUCGGACAGCGUCGAGUGCUACGACCCGGCGACGGACAGCUGGACCUCCAAGGGCACGCUGCCCUACAAGCUGUUCGACCACGGCUCCAUGGCUCUGACUUGUGUGACGCAGACGCUGGCAAAGUCCUAGCGUGUAUAAGGUGUUGUUAUGGCUGGUGUCGCCAUUUUGUAGGGUGGAGCUGGUUCAUUGUCCGAUGAAUAACAGACCGUUUUUUUUUUCUGAUGAAAUGUUUGUUGUGGGAGUUUUUCAUUGAGGGAUUGUUUUGAUUUUUUUAGUGUCUAGGUGGCUGAUUGUAUACUCUCAUGGGAUUUCUCUUUUAUAAGAUGAUAUAAUAAUACCUUUGCAAAGAACCAAAACCUUGUGAAUAACACUGCCUGUCAGACUGCCGAAAUGAACUCCAGCGAGUUUAAAGUCCUGCUUUUUCAGUUUUCUGUUUCCAACGUACUCCACGGUGUGUGCUCUUACUUGUCCGGUUUAGAUUCCAGGCCAGUGUUUGUUGUUCUGUUUGAGGCUGUGUUAUGCUCAGCUGUUGAGUGAUGGUUCUGAACCUGUUGCUCUUGUGGUUAAGCUCUGAGAUCAGAGUUUGUAUGGUGAUUGUGCUGCUACGGGUUACCAUCUUUUGUUCUGAAUCACAAUUGAAAAUAUAGUGACAAUAGCAUGAUACUUUUGCCACUUAAACAUUCCUUUAAAUUAUUCAAAGGUGUAACAGCUGCAGUAUGUAAUUGAAGGAUAACUAGUACCAAUACAAUCAUUUUUGAUACAUGUUUUGUUUUAUAUUUUGUAAUUUAAUUUCGUAUUGUUCAUUUUGUACUACACUCUUUGUAUGCUUUCAGUACUGCAUUGCUUUGGAUCAUUUGAUCUUUGAUUUAUGAUGAAUAAAAAUGUGAGACUCACGCAGAUGUCUCUCUCUGUCUC